GUUCCGCUGUGCAUGCCGUCUACCUGCGCAACUUCCUCGGCGCUGAGGGCCAGACGACACGUGAGGAGCAGGGUGAUGAAUCGCCGGACUUCUUAGCCCUUUUCGGUGGCUCGUUGACGGUGCUGGAGGGUGCUCAGGGCUACACCGGUUUCUUCCAUGUAGAAACAAAGGAUGUCAUUGUGAGGCUCUACAGAUUAUUCGGCCAGGAGAAGGCGAUGAGCGUGGUCUCCAUGCCUGUGACGCCGCUGAGUCUCGACCCCAAGUACGUGUACCUGGUGGAUGGGGACUCGAAACUCUACGUAUGGGUGGGCUCUCAGGCGCGAAUGCUCAUUCAGACUCGCGGUCGCCUACUGGCUGAGAAGAUUGCCCAGAAGGAGCGCCUGAACGAGGCUGAGAUUAUGGUGGAGCACGAGGGCAAGGAGAGCAACGAGUUCCUGGCCGUCUUGCUGGGCCUUUGGAAGCCGCCGCCGCUGCUCAAUCCGAACAUUGAUGAGGCCGAUCUGCAGUCAACUAAAGCCGCUGUCGUAGCG